AGUUUUAAAAUGUGUUGAAAAAACCAUAUUAAGUGUUUGAGAGUUAAUUUAUGUUCUGAAAAGAAAAAUUUUGAAAUGGAGGAACAUAUUUUUAUCACUUUUAAAGUGUUUUUCGAAGUUUAAAAGGGAAGAAAUCUAAUGACGAUUGUAUGUUUGUAGAGGUUUCUACUGUAUUUGUAGUUUGUUGUUCCACUCUGUCUAUGGUAUGGCUUUGAAAUUUCAAAAGUUGGAAGAAGAUUAUCUUUCUUUACUUUCAGAGUUUAAUACUUUGAAAGUCAAGCUGGAAUGUAAAACAGAUUCCUUGUUGAUCUUAGGACAUGAAUUAGAGCAAUGCCAGUCCGAGAAAGAUCAGUAUAAACUCAUGGCCGACCAACUUAGAGAAAGAUAUAGUGCCUUGAAACGAAGAGUUGAAGGAUGGGGUCCAUCUUUGUUAGGUGUCUAUGAUGUUGAUGGUUUGAAAUGUGAUAGAGAAAAAAGUCUGGCCCAUUUGUUAUGUGAGUUAAAAGACCAAAAUAAAGCUUUGAAAUUUAAAACAGAAAAUUUGAAACUUCAACUAGAUGAUGCUUAUGGAGACAUCAAGUUACUGAGGGAAGAAUUGUCUAAGCAUCAAGCUGAUUCUCUAAGGGAGACUUUAUCUGAAAAUUUUCUUUCUCUUAAUGAAAAGGAAGCUUUGAUAAAACAACUAGAAACUCAAAAUUUAAAGUGCAAACAAUUAACACAAGAUUUACAAGCUGUGUUAGAUGAAAAAGAGGAAUUGGUUACUGCUAGAGACCAAUAUCGACAUAAAUAUGAGAGACUAAAUCAACAAUUAAAUUAUAUCUUGAGAGGUGAUCAGCGAACAUUAAUUGAUAUUGAUGGUGUUUUAUUGGAAAAUAAAUAUCUUCAAGAAAGAAUAAAACAAGUAGAAGAAGAAAAGGCUGUAAUGGCAUCAUCCCUUGCUAAGUGCAAAGCCCUUUUGGAGAAAAAGCGUGCAAAAGGUGGAAUGAGAAGUACUAUUGCCUCAGGAUUGGCUGUAAGUGCUAAACAAGAUUUUUCAGUGGAACAAUUAUUACAGAAUAAACCUUUUCUUGAUUUGAUGAAUAAGUCCUCAAAUGCUACUGAAUUUCGCAAUUUAGUUAUCACCUUGUUAGAAGCAUUGAGUGACAAGAGCAUUGCUCUUUCUCAUCAAAAGAAAACGAAUAAAAUUCUUGGGAAUAGAGUUAAGGAACUCCAAGAAAAAAUAAAAUCGAUGGAAGUUUCCUCAUUGUGGAGAGUUCCUGACCCUACACAACUAUCCCUUUUGUUUCAUGACUGUGAACAUGACAACUAUCGUUCUGCUGAGAAAAGCUCCCCUCUUCAUUCCAUUCUCUCAUCGCUUGAUAAUGAGAGGAAAGAGGAUUCUCCUGAAAUUAUACUGGAUGAUCAAAGCAUUAGAAGUGAUGAUCAGUGUUCAGUCUCAGAGCUGAGUGCAGAUCUGAGGACAAAUUCUGGAUUCAGUGAUUUGGACAUUUUACCUACUAAAGAUUAUUCAGUCAAAGAUCUGAAAUUUGAUAGACGUGAGAGCAUGAGCAGCUGCAGUCGUUACAGUGAUUCAAGGAACAGCUCAGCAUCUCCAUCACUUUUACAUACAUCUCGAACAUUACACAGCGAUUCAGAAAUAACGCCAAAGAAAUCUUUAACUAUGAGUCAGCUAUACAAAUCAACAUUCAAUAAAGAUCGUCAUCAGUGGUCAUCAUUAGAUGUUGAUGAUCUGCCACCUAAGCUACAAAAAUUUAUAGCUGCUGCAUUUGCUGAAAUAGAAGACAAGACGGACUGUGAUGAAACAAUUGUCAAAAGCCCACUUCAUAAAUUAAACCCACCGGCAAAAAGUAAUCCUAACUGUUGA